UAUCUAAAUAUAUAUACCAAUAAUAGAUAAAAUAUCUUGCAAUUCAGAAUGUAGAGAGUGACAACUAAGAUCAGCUAGGUAUGGAUUUGGAUGUCUGGUAGUAAGCCAAGCAAUUAACAUCUCCUUGUGCAUGGAGAUGCAGGCGCAGGAUACCAGCCACGCAUGACUCAGGGGCGUUCCUAUGACCCCGCGAAGCCGAUGGCUAGGAGCGACACAUCUGACUGUCAGAUCCGCGCGCGCCUCAGUUGUCGGGUGCAAGCCAUGGACCAAAAUAGCUAUUAGCUAGCGGGUAGCGCAUGACAUGAAUGAACGAAGAAAGAGCAGCAAGAAGCCGUGACGGAGUAGCAGCACCCCCCGGCAACGCGCAGAGGGGAGAGGCGAGGCGGCCAUGCAGGCGGUGCGGACGCGGGCGGAGCAGCGUGGUGCCGAGGCGGAGGCGACCCCGCACGGGAGCGCGCGGUCGUGGAGCCCCGAGGCGGAGAUCGGCAUGCGCGUGGAGGACAUCUGGGACAGCCUGGACGUGCAGCAGCGGCAGCUGAGCCACGGCGACAAGCUCAACAGUUGCUUCGACAGCAUCCCCGUCGCGUCCUUCCCGCACGCCUUCGACGGCGCCCAGCUGGUGGAGAUCCCCUCGGACGCCACGCUCGCCGAGGCCGUCGACAUCCUGUCCCGCAACCGGAUCAUCAGCGCGCCCGUCAGGAACGUCGACGCGCCCGAGGACGCCAGCUGGAUCGACCGCUACAUCGGCAUUGUCGAGUUCCCCGGCAUCGCCGUCUGGCUGCUCCACCAGUCUGAAGCCGCGGCGACGGCCGAAGUAGGCGCCGACGAGCUGGCAGCGAAGCUAGGCACCGUCACGCUGGAGGGCGCCGCCGCAGCCGCGGCGGCGGCGGCCGUCACGUCCAAAGCGGCGGCGGAGCCUGAGGGAGCCAUCGCGGAAGUCUUCGGAGCCCUGCCGUCUUCGGACCUGUUCAACAAAACGAAGGUGAAGGAUAUCUCCGGGUCGUUCCGGUGGGCGCCGUUCCUGGCGCUGCAGAGCUCCGACACCUUCCUCACCAUGCUGCUGCUGCUGUCCAAGUACCGGAUGAAGAGCCUGCCGGUGGUGGACAUCGGCGAGGGCACCAUCAGCAACAUCAUCACGCAGGCCGCCGUCGUGCACAUGCUCUCCGAGUGCGUCGGCCUCCACUGGUUCGAGGAGUGGGGCACCAAGACGCUCUCCGAGAUCGGCCUGCCCAUCAUGAGGCUCAGCAAGAUCGUCAAGGUGCGCGAGGACGAGCCGGCACUCAAGGCCUUCCGGCUGAUGAGGAGAAAAGGGGUUGGAGGCAUACCGGUGGUGGACGAUAGCGGCAGGGCGGUAGGCAGCAUAAUGAUCAAGGAUGUCAAGCAUCUCCUUACUGCAUCGGAGACAAACAGAGACUACAGGACCCUAACAGCCAAAGAAUUCAUCGCGAAUGCGAGACAGAGCUCCGGCGAAAGGCAAAUGAGCAUCAUAACGUGCAAAAGGGGGGACAGCGUCAAGGACAUAAUACUGAAGCUGGAUGCAGAGAAGAGGCAGAGGAUCUACGUGAUCAACGAGGAAGGGAACCUGGACGGGUUGAUCACCCUCAGAGAUAUAAUCGCCAAGCUGGUGUAUGAACCGCCUGGCUACUUUGGGGACUUCUUCAAUGGUGUUAUCCCUCUACCAUCCAACAGCAGGGUCUGAAAAAGUCAAGAAAACCUUUUACCAUGCUCUCUGUUUACUCUCCUUCUCUCUAUGAUUUGGUAACACCUAUGUUCCAUUUCUAGUGUCCAUAAUUUUUUUAGUGAGCUUCCUUCGUCUAUAAUUAUCACUUAUGUAGAUGAAUAAUGGUAGCUUGUCAUAACGCUUCCAUGUGUGGAACAAUAAUGCUGUGUCCAUGUUUAUGUUAAACAAGUCGAUGCCUGGAAUUUAGCCAUGCCAGCUUCACUUGUCUCCAGAGUAUCAUUUACCCUGUUCUGUUCCUGAGACUAGGCACUAUAGCUUGCUGCUCACUUUACCUGGCAUUUUUAUUUAUUGCUCAAUCCAAAGGGCUUUCACCUAAAUUUUAAGA